AGCUUUCUCACAAAAAUGACAUAUUUUCAUUUAAUUUUAUUAGACUUGAAUUUGAGAGGCAACAGCGUGAAGAACUGGAAAAAUUAGAAAGUAAAAGGAAACUUAUCGAAGAAAUGGAAGAAAGGCAGAGGUCAGACAAGGCAGAGCUGGAACGGAUGCAGCAGGAGGUGGAGACUCAACGCAAAGAGACUGAAAUUGUGCAGCGCCAGAUCCGCAAGCAGGAAGAGAGCCUCAAACGCCGCAGCUUCCACAUCGAGAACAAGCUCAAGGAUUUGCUCGCCGAGAAGGAAAAGUUUCAAGAGGAGAGGAUGAGAGAGCAGCAAGAAAUCGAGCUACAGAAGAAGAGAAGAGAGGAAGGGAGCUUUCUCCGCAUCAAAGAGGAACUCCAACAGCUCCAAGAACUCAAUAGGAAUGAACAGGUGGAGAAGAUCCUGAUAUUCCAAGAGUUGGACCAGCUCCACAGGGAAAAAGAUGAACAGUGCACCCAGCUGGAGCUAGAAAAAAGGAGACUGGACGAGCAAGAGAAGGAGCAGGUGCUGCUCCCGGCCCACAAGGAGGAGCAGCUUCGAGAGAAGGAGGAGAUGGUCCUGCUGUUGCACGGUGGCGAAAUUCAGUGUGCAGAGGAGGAGAAGAGGGAACUGGAAGGCAUCUGGGAAACCCUCCUGCAGGCAAGGGAGUCCCAGGCUGGCAGCAACCAUGAUGGUGAGGAGCUGGAAAAGGCUCAGCUGCAUUUCUUAGAGUUCAAGAGAAGGCAACUUGUCAAGCUGACAAACUUGGAGAAGGAUCUGGUCCAGCAGAAAGACCUCCUGAGAAAAGAAAUCCAAGAAGAGCAGAAAGCUCUUGAACAUUUAAAAUAUGAAAAUGAUGAGGAAUCUAGGUUAUUGGCAACAAAUGAUGAUGAUGUUACAGAUGUUGCCAGUGUGGUUCAAGAUUUAGAGAAAAUGAAGCUUGCAGAGUACAGGCUACAGUGUAAAGAACAUCAGCUACAGUCCCUCCUGCAAAAUCAUUUGCCAGUUCUGCUGGAAGAAAAGCAGAGAGUGCUUGACAUCCUUGACAGAGGCCCUCUGGGCUUACACAACACUGUUUAUCAAGUAGAAAAAGAAAUGAAAGAAAAAGAAGAGCAGCUCAUACAGUACCAAGCCAGUGCGAGCCAGGUGGAGCAUCUCCAAGCCACCUUUGAAUUCACUACCAAUGUGAAGCAACAGGGAGAGAAAGUGAGGGAAAAGGGAAAGGAAAUUCUGGAAUCUAAGGAGAAGCAGCAGAGAGAGGCACUGGAGCAGGCAGUGGACAAGCUGGAGAAAAGGCAAUCUGUGCUGCAGAGGCACUCCACCUUGGGCCUGGAGAUCCAAGAACAGAGGCAGAAAUUUGCCAUUCUCAAUAGCAGCGGCAGCAAACAGCCAGGGCUCCCAGCUAGCCUGGAACCUGACCAAGAGGCCCUGGAGAAGGAUCCGGAGAGGUUACAAAAUGAAAUCCUGCAGCUGAAGCAGAAGAUCUGUGAGGUUGACAGUAUUCAGAGAGGUCAUUGUGGGACCCUGGAGGGGAAGGAUGCUUCUUCCGUCUUGCUGUCCAGUGCUGAUAAAUCUCACCUCGCUACCCUAAUGGAUUCCAGGAUCAGUGCUUACAUUGAAGAGGAAGUCCAAAGACGUCUUCAGGAUUUGCAUCAUACCAUGGAUGAUGCUGGCAAGGCAUCUGCAGAUAUGAUGAGGGACAAUGAGAAACUGCACAAUGGCACCAUUCAACGUAAGCUAAAAUAUGAGCGGAUGGUUUCUCGCUCAUUGGGAGCAAAUCCAGAUGACCUGAAGGACCCUAUUAAGAUUAGUAUUCCACGCUAUGUCCUCUGUGGGCAAGGGAAGGAUGAGCACUUCGAGUUUGAGGUCAAGAUCACUGUCCUAGAUGAGACAUGGACCGUAUUCAGGCGUUACAGUCGUUUUCGAGAAAUGCAUAAAACAUUGAAAUUAAAGUAUUCAGAGCUUGCUGCCCUUGAAUUUCCCCCAAAGAAACUAUUUGGAAACAAAGAUGAACGUGUGAUUGCUGAGAGGCGAAGUCACUUAGAGAAAUACCUCAGGAACUUUUUCAGUGUGAUGCUCCAGUCUGCCACAUCUCCCCUCCACAUCAACAAAGUGGGGCUUACCCUUUCAAAACACACCAUUUGUGAAUUCUCACCGUUCUUCAAGAAAGGAGUUUUUGACUACAGCAGCCAUGGAACGGGGUAGAGCUGGGUGACAGAGGAACCACCAACCCAGUGCCUUCCUGUGAAGCGCCUCCAAUGCAGGGCAGCCUCCCACACCAGGAUCCCAGCCCAUCCCCUCCUGCAAAAGGUGGAUGUGCAGCAGCCAGCCCCGGACCACCUCACUCAUCAUACCUAGUGCCUGAGUUUGGGAAUGGACACAUUGCCUGCUGACAGUGACCCUGACAGGCAGCUGUUACUGUUCCACUGCAGUUGAACGUGGCCUUUUCCCAUAGUGCUUCUUUCUCAUUAUGCAGUAAGUCCAUCCCCUGUGGUGAGAUGGAUGUGGCUUUCUUAUCUUGGGUUCCCUGAGCCAAGCCAACCUGGGACCUCCCAGAGUGGGCAGCUUACAAGACCACCCCUAAAUGACUUUCAUGUGGUUUCCUCCUUCUCCAAAACAUACUUUUAUUUUUUAUAUCCCUUCCCUGUGCCCAUCUAUAGCCCAAGAAAAGCAUUUUAAAUUAUUUUAUUGUACUUUUUUCUUUUAUUCCCCUCAUUUGGAUUGUAACUUUUAUAUACAAUACCUAAACACUGAUGUUUACACAGAAUUUCAUAUUCUGCAAAAGGGAUUUUUAGUCCAAUCAUGACUAGAGUCUUCCAUGCCUGACAAAUUGGAUGUAGGCUACAU